CCAUUGGAGCCCCAGUGGCCACCGCAGCGACGGUGCCUCUCCAAAGCCAGAGCUUGAGGAGGGCGGAGCCGGAGGCAGGAGGCCAGAGCAAGAGAACACCGCGUGGGAGGAUUGCGCAGGGCCAGGCGCGUGUACGGGAGGUGCACGUCGGUGGCGUGGUGCUGGUGGUUGCAAGGCUGUGCAAAGCCUAGGCGGGUGCACAGGCAGCGAGGGGCAGAGUAGGGCGCAGGACGUUGCACUGGGCGUUGCAUUGGGAGUUGCACUGGAGGUGUAGGGUUCUGGGCAUUGCACUGGGCGUGCAAUACUCUGAGUGGUGCACAAGGGCAGUGCGGGGCGCAGGGCAGCUGACAGCGUCAUCAGCCGGGAGCAGCGCGCGCUCCGCCUCAGCAGCCACCGCAUCGCGCCGCUUGCAGAGGGUCCCAGAGCUGUGCCUGGAGACUUGCCGCGCUGAGCGGGCUCUCACCAGGUACCUCCUGGUCAGUAGCUUGGAGUUCUGAAGCAACAUGCCGGAACAGAGCAAUGACUACCGGGUGGCCGUGUUUGGGGCAGGUGGUGUCGGCAAGAGCUCCCUCGUUUUGAGGUUUGUGAAAGGGACCUUCCGGGAGAGCUACAUUCCAACUGUGGAAGACACGUACCGGCAGGUGAUCAGCUGUGACAAGAGUGUAUGCACACUGCAGAUCACGGACACAACCGGCAGCCACCAGUUCCCGGCCAUGCAGCGGCUGUCCAUCUCCAAGGGUCACGCCUUCAUCCUGGUCUACUCCAUCACCAGCCGGCAGUCCCUGGAGGAACUCAAGCCCAUCUAUGAGCAGAUCUGUGAGAUCAAGGGGGACGUGGAGAGCAUCCCCAUCAUGCUGGUGGGGAACAAGUGUGAUGAGAGCCCCAACCGUGAGGUACAGAGCAGCGAGGCAGAGGCCCUGGCACGCACAUGGAAGUGUGCUUUCAUGGAGACAUCGGCCAAGCUCAACCACAAUGUCAAGGAACUUUUCCAGGAACUGCUCAACCUGGAGAAGCGCAGGACCGUGAGCCUCCAGAUCGAUGGCAAGAAGAGCAAGCAGCAGAAGAGGAAAGAGAAACUCAAGGGCAAGUGUGUGGUCAUGUGAGAGGUUUCCAUUAGAAGGAAUCGCUGCCCUUAGGGCCUCUCUCUUCCUCCCCCCUGUGAGCCCCACUGUGUCAGGGCAGCAUGUCUGAUGCCCACGUGUUAAACAUUGCAUUUGGCUGUGACACACCCUGCAAUGUCCUCAAGAGGCAUUCCAUACACCCCACCUGCCCACCCUCAGGGGUUGCAGAAUCUGUGAUGCUCUCAGCAUCCCCGGAAACGGAGGCCAGUCCUGAGUGGGCUUUAGCCACUUGAAGGCGAGGGGACUCAGAGCUGUGGACACAGGAGAAACUGAGAGUACUGUGUAGUGCAUGUGUGUGUGUGUGUGACAGCAGGUUAGCCCAUAGCUGCUGGUACCAUCCCACACCAGGAAAACUUAGUUCAGAAGCCACUAACCUCUUUGGGGGAGGAGUAGGCAGUCAAAGGACCCUGGUGGCUCCUGUUCAUGCAUUUUUAAUGGGAUUAAAGAUAAAAUACCAUAGCCCCUCCAAACGAUGCUCAUGCUGUUCCUCCUGGUACACACUGAGGAGAUGCUCUCACUUCCUCAGAGCCUUCUUACAUGUGCUGUGUCUGCCUGUUAGGAGUGUACACUUCAGUACGAGGCCACCUGUGGCAUGAUGUUGUGUUAGCCCUUCUCCAGUCUUUGAGUCAGGACGUUGUGACAUCAUGCAAACAUCGCCAUAACGCCCGUGUGUGUGUGUGUGUGUGUGUGUGUGUGUGUGUGUGUGUGUGUGUGUGAUACUUUGAGGGUCCUAGAAACGUGAACUUUCUUUUGACCUCCGAGGGUUGCCACUUCUCCCAGCCCUCAGAUUUUUAAAUAAAAGCAAAUAAAGUAGGCAUUUUUUAGACUCCCACCU